AUGCAACCAAACCACUAUGACCUGCUGGGUCAGGUGCGCAAUGAAUCCAGGAGUAUGACGCGAGAUGACUAUCAGCCGCUGCAUGAGAAUGCGCUUCAGUCACGUUCCCCGUCCGGUGCGGCGCCCUCGAGAACAGAAGACUCCUGGAUCGAGGUCGCAUCCCAACCCUCCUCGUCAUCCCUUUCUUCCGCCAAUGACGACAUCAUCACCACCGGUUUGCGCGUUCAACAGCAGGGAUCCAGCCGUUCUCGCAGCCAGCGGCACGUUGCCAUCACCACGCAGAAUGGCUACUCGUCGAGAGACGCAAGCAGCAGUCAGGAUGAAUACGAGGAGAGUGAGAGCGAGUCAGACCGUGUGCUCAGUAGCUCCAACGAAGAAAUCAACCGGAAGCCACCAUCGCUCCAACAGAAUCGGCCUUCCCCGUCGACGUUGGAUGCUGCCUCGAGCGAUGAUGAUGAUAACUCAACGGCCCUGGGGACACGGGUUAGCACGUCUCGAUUCGUGCCUCAGCCCAACGUCUUCUCCCACCCGCCUGCGUCCCGGAACCCUUCUUGGACUAGGGCUAUGGAUACUCGCCGUCCUGAGCCUAGCGAGGCAUCCAACUCUAGCCGUCGUACGGCGAUCCGCAUGAACUCCCAAGCAAGCAUGCGGUCCAACCGCUCAGCGCGGCAGAACCAGCAACACAGCCCGUUUAAUAUGCUUUCUCCAUCUCACCAAGCUGACCAUGAUGCUGCUCUUCGUGCGAGUCUUUCCACUUUGCUCUCUUGUGCGGCGGCAGCACGGGGUCUUCCCAAGUCGGAAACCCAACAGUUGCCAACCGACCCCCCCAGACAGCAAGCGUCUUCCUUCCGGUUGGUGCCAGAAUCAGCAAUGGACAGCGGCGAUGAGGAAGCCUCCCCAGCUGCUGUAGAGAGAAAUACAGCUGGACCUGUCCCAAGGAAGCAUCCCAUUUCUGGGCCCUCAUAUCCAUCUGAGGCCGCUCCUGCUCCUAAGAAGCGUCGAUCGAGCUCACCAAGGGGUGCUGGAAACCAGGCAGCAUCCCGGAAGAGCCGUCGGUCUAUACUCAACGAGUCUUUAUCUGUUAGCAGCCCCACGGUCAUGACAUGGGUCGUGAGCGCAGGCGUUGUUGUACUCUUCUCUGCCAUCAGCUUCUCGGCCGGGUAUAUGCUUGGCCGCGAGGUAGGACGAAUGGAGAUGGGUCCGGGUAUGGCUGGGGAUGGGAGCGGCACUACCUCUACUACCUGUGGCCAGCAAGCAGUGAAGGGAGGCCUGAAGCGAUUCCGAUGGGGCUCUUCUGCUGCCGGAUCGGGCAUCCUUGCUUGA